AUGUUUUACGAAGUAGUUUUCAAAUUUUUUAUCACUGUUGACGUUAAUGUUCGUCUCCAGUGCUUUAACGAACUGUAUACAUUAGAGACCAAAAGUUUUCAAGCCUCGAUGUACCCUAGUAAAAACAGCGACGUUAGCGUGAUGGCAGAGAAUCAAGAGGCACAGGGCAACCUUGAGGCGAGCGGUGCACCUCCGAUGCUGCCGCAUUUGCAGCAGCAGCAGCAGCAGCAAGAGAUCUCAAAGAUCGACUACGAGCAAGAGGCUCAAAAACUAGAAGACAAGGCGACACGAUUUUUAGCGAAACAGACGCAUCCCGUGAUAGUACCAUCGUUUGCCUCUUGGUUUCAAUUCUCUGAGGUACAUGAGAUAGAGCGAAGGAUGUUGGCGGAUUUUUUCGAUGAUUCGUCGCGUUUCAAGAGCGAAAAGGGGUAUAAAGACGUCCGGAACUUUAUGGUCAACACUUACCGGCUCUCACCUUAUGAAUACCUAACGAUUACGGCGGUGAGGAGGAACGUAGCAAUGGAUGUUGCAUCUAUUGUUCGAAUUCAUGCUUUUCUCGAGCAAUGGGGUCUCAUCAAUUAUCAAGUUGAUCCGCGUUCCAAGCCCUCUCUCGUGGGACCCAGCUUUACGGGUCACUUCCAGGUUGUGCUAGAUACGCCUCAAGGCUUGAAGCCGUUUGUGCCCCCAGUAUUGGAAGACGUUCAGAAUGAAGACAAUGAAAAUAACGGUCAAGAAGAGCAGCAGCAGCAGCAGCAGCUGGAGACGAACUCGUCUGAUGAGAAAUCAGAAAAUAAAAAUAGCGUGCCAAAGUUCAAGGAACCCGAAUCUUUUCCUGUGAACCUUUCAUUAAGGAAAAACGUUUUUGAUAAUACACAAGAUUUCAACUCGUUGCAGAAUGACUCGCAACAGUCUAAGCAAGUUCACAAGACCUACGUAUGCCAUACGUGUGGUAACGAUGCCGUGGGUGUACGGUACCACAAUCUGCGAUCUCGCGACACAAAUCUGUGCUCGCGUUGCUUCCAGGAGGGUCAUUUCAGUGCACAUUUCUCAUCCUCGGACUUUUUACGUCUGGAGAAUAGUAACAACGUCAAGAAACAAUGGUCGGAUCAAGAAGUUCUAUUGCUUCUGGAAGGUAUAGAGAUGUAUGAGGACAAUUGGGAAAAGGUGACGGAACACGUCGGAGGAUCUAAAACCCUAGAAGAAUGCGUUGAAAAGUUUUUGGUGCUACCUAUCGAGGACAAAUAUAUCAAUGAAGUGGCUGCUCCCAGGCUGGCUCACCACCAGUCCGCUACUGCGUCCACCACCACCACCACGAAGCCCAAACUUGAGGUCAAAGACGUAGUUGAUGCCGCAGUUGAUGCACUGCUUAAGGGCCAAAAUUCUUCCUAUCUAACGACCAACCUUCACGACAAUUCAACAAAACUAUCAGAAAAAUAUUUGCAAGAAGCGCAAUUGACGGUCCAGGAUCUUGUCAAUUUGACCUUAAAGAAGAUCGAUCGCAAGAUGGAAAAUCUUGACGUGCUUGAACAAGCACUAAAGCUGGAAUCAGAAAAAUACUCUAAAGAGUCUGAGAGGCUACUUAAUGAAAAGUUAUCUCUUGGCAAGCAAGUUUCGGACUUAAACGAAGAGUUAUCUAAAUUAAAUGUCUCCAAGAAACUGGUUAUGUUGUCCGAGCAGGCCGCCUCUGGGAUCAAACUCGUAGAAAAGCAAGAAGAGAGUCAGAACAUGAUAAGGUUGGUCAAAAAUUCAGAUGACUUGCCCAGCAUUUCGCAUGUGAAUCCUCGGCAGUAUAAACCAUGGUCUUUGAGCUGA